ACAUUGCCGUGAAUCAGAAAUUCAUAAAGUAGACUUGUACAGACAGCAGAAAAAAAGAAGACUAAAACUUAUUCAAAAUUUCCGUUGUGAUCGUACAGCGAAAAAUGAUGGUAGCCGAUGAUUUUCAAACGCUUUGCAGGAAUUUUUUUACGGACUCAAUGACCCACGUCUGCUCGUCCCGCGUCCCGGAGUCGCUGACCAAGAAGUAUCGCAAUCGGCUGAUCAACGCCAAGGAUCCCUACAGUAUCUUCAAGCUGGACAGCCGGAACUCCAGCUAUCUCAUUGCCUUCCGCUUCCCGGAAAUCCGCGAUUGCCGAACCCUCUGGAUGAUGGAUGUGCACAAAAUAAAUUGCGAGACUAAGGACGGCGAAUUGACGAAGUUGUUCUUCGGCUAUAGCUACCGCAAGUGCUACACCAUUGCCAUGAACAUGACCUCGGAGCUUAAGGCGCACUGUGGCGCCAGGAACUAUGCCGAGAAUACGCAGUCGGGCUACUACUACACGAACAACGAGAACAACGUCAUUCAGACCAACUCAACUGCUUGUCUUCUGCUCGGAACUUCCCCUCUGGUCAUCUGCCUGAUCAUCUCGUUUCUAAUGUUCGCCAUUCUGCAAUGGAAGGCAUCUCGGUUGUGAGCCAGCAAGUCAGUCCAAGUCAAUCGAAGUCAAUCCUAGUCAAUUUCGUUUGAAAAUGGUUCUUUUGACAUAAGGUGCCAGUAUUACUGGGAUAUGGAACUUCUGUCAGGUUGUUAGACAUCCGUACAAGGCUUUAAGACCUUCUGAUUUCGAAGCUCUGAUGAUCACAGUCUUUAUCAAGGAAAUGAAGAUAUCAAAGUACGGACCUGUUCCAAUCAAUAUCAAUAUUCUUCCAAAUCGAACAGCUCAUUCUGACAGCCUUUGUCUGAGUUGUGAUUUGAAAUUUUGCGAGAUCUAGAAACAAUUUCUAUAUCAUCUGGAGAAAUCGUUUCUAAAUCAUCGGAAAAUUUCCAGUGACAGCUGAAAUAAAAAUUGUAUGUCCGUAA